CUGUAACUUAACCUGUCGUUUUUCAGUGAAGAAAAUGAUAAACACCUAACGUUCUAUUGAAGUGAGUAGCAGUAUGAAUUGUGUACAAGGAUCCGUCCCUCCCCCCGUAGCCCAUUAUUUUCUCAGGUCUGCUGUAAUCUCAUUAAAGUCACUCAGGAGACACUAAAACAGUUAAUUGUGACUACUCACCCCCCCACACACACACCCCGGCCCACCACACGCCUUUCCUCAGCAGAAAACACGAGUGCAUAGAGGCUUAAGUGCACGAGGAAGAGGAAGCAGCAGAGGAAAAAGGACACAGCAGCUCAGCACAUAGCAACGACACCGCACUUGUUUGAGCCAUCUGCAAGGAAGCCGACAAAGUCAAGGGAGAAUCUAACCUUGAGUAGGGGGACACUUAUCGGCACCUUCUUUGGACCUUGCUCCCCAUGCGUAUGCGGAGAGGCAGAGGCGACACUUGGAUCACAAGCAAAAAAGACAAAGUCCUGGGCUGCGCCUCCUCUUGUACUCCUGAAAGAUUGCAGGGCGAAGAACAGUGUGAGUCAUCCUCAGGCUUCGUUUGUAGUUCCUGGUGCUGGUGGGGAAGGCUGCUGAUAAUGAACUUUGGAAAACAUAUGGCAGGAGACCAUCUCAGAUAGCCGCAGACAUUUUGGAGAGCCAUUCGGCUUGGGCGGGUUCAGUUCCUAACCAGACGGCCGGAUUAAAAAAAAAAAAAAGUGACUGAGAAAAACCAGGAUGUCUUUUCGUCCGCUUCCAACAGAAGACCCCUCCAAUAGCCGCCCCCCAUCUCUCAAGGCCGAAGAAUUCCAGGAGUCCAUGAAGCUGAAAAAGGAGAUCUCCCUCCUCAACGGGGUUUGCUUGAUCGUGGGCAACAUGAUCGGCUCGGGCAUCUUCGUGUCGCCCAAGGGUGUCCUCAUCCACAGCGCCUCUUAUGGUCUCUCACUGGUGGUGUGGACCGUCGGCGGCAUCUUCUCCGUUUUCGGCGCGCUGUGCUACGCGGAGUUGGGGACCACCAUCACCAAAUCGGGGGCCUCCUACGCGUACAUCCUGGAGGCUUUCGGGGGCUUCCUUGCCUUCAUCCGACUGUGGACGUCGCUACUCAUCAUCGAGCCCACCGGCCAAGCCGUCAUCGCCAUCACCUUCUCCAACUACAUGAUGCAGCCCAUUUUCCCCACCUGCAUCGCGCCGUACGCGGCCAACCGGCUCCUGGCGGCCACUUGCAUAUGUUUAUUAACCUUCGUCAACUGCGCCUAUGUAAAAUGGGGAACCAGAGUGCAGGACUUCUUCACCUACGUCAAAGUCAUCGCCCUGAUUGCGGUCAUCAUCACAGGCCUGGUUAAAAUCAUGCAAGGUCACACGCAGAACUUUGAGGGCCUCUUUGAGGGCUCAUCUCAGGAUCCCGGCGACAUCGCUUUGGCUCUUUACUCGGCUUUGUUCUCUUACUCCGGAUGGGACACGCUCAACUUUGUCACAGAGGAGAUCAAGAACCCAGAAAGGAAUCUGCCGCUGGCCAUCGCCAUUUCCAUGCCCAUCGUGACGGUCAUCUACAUUUUGACUAAUGUGGCCUACUACACCAUCCUGCCCAUGAACGCCAUUUUGGACAGCGACGCCGUCGCCGUGACGUUUGCAGACCAGGUGUUUGGCGUGAUGAACUGGACCAUUCCCUUGGCGGUUGCUCUGUCCUGCUUUGGAGGACUCAACGCCUCCAUCCUGGCGUCCUCCAGGCUGUUCUUCGUGGGCUCCAGAGAAGGCCACCUGCCUGACUACCUGUGUAUGAUCCAUGUGCACCGCUACACGCCCAUCCCGGCCCUCCUCUUCAAUGGCGUCAUGGCGCUCAUCUACUUGUGCGUGGAGGACGUCUUCAGGCUCAUCAACUACUACAGCUUCAGCUACUGGUUCUUUGUGGGGCUUUCCAUUCUGGGGCAACUGUACCUGCGCUGGAAGCAGCCGGACAGGAAGAGGCCGCUGAAACUCAGCCUGGUCUAUCCCGUCAUAUUCUGCCUCCUCACCGUCUUCCUGGUCGUGGUGCCCCUGUACAGUGACACAGUCAACUCCUUGAUCGGCAUCGGCAUCGCACUGUCCGGCGUGCCCGUUUACUUCCUGUGCUGCUACACUCCAGCCCACAAGAGGCCAAUGUGGUUACGGAGGAUCAUUGCUCAGUCCGGAGUACUCAUACAGAAGGUGUGCUUCUCAGUUUUAACAGAACUGGACAUUGAUCAUGAGGAUUGAAUCCGCACGCACCAACACAAACAGGGGGCACACGCGCGUACACACGCACACACCUCGACUGGUGAAGGUUAGUUUUCGAGCUUUUUUUUCCCUCGAGAUUUUUAUGUGUGGCACUACAUGACUUGAAAGAUCUAUUUUUGGAAAUGGACUGCUUCUUUGAAAUGACAAUUAUGAUACUGUAUGUCUCUCCAACAUUGAGAGUGAUGGUGGGGCUAUUUAUAAUAAAAAUGCUGACAAAAGG